UAUAUGGCGAGCGCAUAUUUCAUCAUGAAAAUAAUACGACGUAAACGCCAAAAAGCAUUGAGAAAACAAUUAUCUACAAUUAAAAUUGACAAAGAAUUUGAAUUAAACAAAAAUAAAGAUUUUCAGAAGUGUAGGAUAUGUUUAAAUAAAGGUAACAUUCCUAUUUUUUCGUCUCAAGAAGACAUUUCUCAGGAUAUACGUAUAUUUGGUGAUAUAGACAUAAGUGAAUAUGAUGAGUAUCCUAAAUAUUUAUGCAAUUCUUGCCAUUCUUUAUUACAAGGCGCUAUAAUCUUUCGAAAGUCUGCUAAAGACUCUGAUAGAUUUCUACGUAACUCGUCUAACUUUUCUGAUGAACAAUCAAGUAACACAUUCUUGGGAGAUGAAAAUGGAGCUAAAGACAUAAUUAAUGAACUUUCCCCCGAUUCUUAUAACUGUAAAACUUGUAAUAUUAAGUAUUCCACUAAAGAAGAGUAUUUACUACAUAAAAAUUCGAAACAGCAUAGAAAUGUUCGAAUCCAGUGUUCAAUAUGUUACAGAUUGCUAACUGUCCAAUUAUACAAUAAACAUUUAGAACGACAUCAAUCAGCUUCACAUCUCAUCUGUGAAGUGUGUGGAAAACUUUAUCGCAAGGACAACUUGUUUAGGCACCUCCAGUUGCACAGUUUUGAUUUGCCAUUUAAAUGUCAAAUGUGCCCAUACAGGGGCCGAUUUUUAGAAUCGCUCAAGAUUCAUAUGCGGACUCAUACAGGAGACAAGCCCUUUUCAUGUGACAAAUGUGAAUUGAGAUUUUUAACUAGAAGCAAUUUGAACAGGCAUCUAUUAACUCAUAAAAAAGAUAGACCUUAUAAAUGUAUGGAGUGUGGAAGAGGAUUUUAUACAAAGCAUGAUAUGGGUGCCCAUUUCAAAUCUGAUCAUGCUGGAAUUAAGGACUUUGGAUGUAAACUGUGUGGCAAUAAGUAUGGAACACGAAAAGCACUUAUGAGACAUGAGUUGAGAGUCCACAAAAGGGAUAAGAUGGCCAAGGGAAGGAUGCCAUUGUAUUUACAGGCAGAAUAUAGAAAGCCCCAUGAAUCUUUAUGAAUCAUAGUAUCUCAUUUAUAUUGGAAAAAUAUUCUAGUCAAUUUAUAAAUGAUUCAAACUGUUAAUAUAUUUUAUUCCACAACAAAAAGGUACACUUCAAUACAAUUUUUAAUGUGUAAACAUGAACAUCUAAUAAUAUCAAAGCAGUUCUUGUACAUAUAUAUUUAAAUGUAUACAAACAUCUCAAACAGUGCUAAUGCUAAGUAAAAUUGUUUUACCUAAACAAUACAAUGAAUCGAGGGUCCAGGAAAUCAUGAAUAACAUAUCAAUAUUAAAGAGGCCCACAUUGUGAUCACACAAUUAUAUGAGUGUACUGUACUUCAAAUGUUUGUUUUAACAUUAGACUUUUAUUAAUAGAACUUUCGUUUUUCAUAAGCAUGAUCUUGAAAAACAAAUGAAAACAAUUUAUCCUUAAUUAUGAUGAGUUUUCUAUAGUUACUUUAAAAUAAUAAUAAAAAUAUAGUGUUGGUAUAAAAAUCAAACUCUACAUUGACUUACUAUAGUGAAAAAUAAAUAUCAAUGUAUCUGUAACAAUAAAAUUGUAACAAUUAUCAGAAACAUACAUGUUUAAUUAAUUUAAUCUGAAAGAGGUAUGGAAGUUGUUAUGGUACCCCAAGAUAGUAAUUUUAUAUUGUUGUACAUCUAUGGUUAUUGGGCAUCUUGGAUAUUGGAUGUGAUAAUUUAAAUAUCUAAGUAUGAGUAGUCAAUAUUAUAUUCAUGAAUAUUAAGUAUUUGUCUACUUAGAAUAUAUACAUAAUGGACUAGAAUUUUUAACUAUAAAUAAAGUAUGUACUUAUAAAAAUGAAGAUCUUAUUUUAAUGGACUAGAAAAGUUUUCCUUAACUGGGUAGCUUGGCAAUUACAUUAUCAGUGUUCAUCAAAUGUUAUUUUCAGUUUUAUCAAAAUACAUAAAUUAUGUUUUAUCUUACACUAGGUACUAUACUUA